CAAAAAAUGUAAAGUCCACUGUGAAGUUGGUCAUUAACGAAUGUUUAAAAAAUACUAACUAAAAAAAGUGAAAAAGCUGUUUAAUAUUAAAUUAUCAAGAAAUUUCUGGCAAUAGAAUUUGGUCGACUAAUAUGCUGUUCCAAAUUCACUAAAAUGUGACAAGUGAAGAAUGAAAGUGUCUUUUAUUUUGACAAGUUGACAAAUGAAUGGUGAAGAAGAAAUGUAAAACGAAAAUGUGAUCCUCGGUACCUAAAUCCGUCCCAAUUUGCUCAACGAAGCUCAAAAUGAAACUGGAAGUGCGCAAAAAGCUCGAAAUGGAAAUCUGCGAAGAGAAAAAUUUCAUUUAUCAGUGCUCAAAAGACAAGAUGGACAUCGUCCAAUUAGCUCAACCCGAGUAUUUGCCCGAAGGAGUCCAAAACUGCAUCGAAAUCGACUCCAGCAAUGUGAUCAGCAUCCCCGAAAACCAAAUAGUCAAAAUCCAGUACCGCGGAGAGGAUGGAAUUGUCAACACUGAAUACAUCGUCAAUGAAGACAUCCUCCAGAACCUCGAAACCAAUUACCUCGACAUCAAAGAACCAAUUUACAAUCCUUCGACGUCGAAACAACCCGACGACCCCGCUAUCCUCAGCCCCAAAAGCGAGAAUGAAGACAUGACUGAGACGGAUUUGACCAGUUUGAAUUGGUUGCACAACAUUACGAAUAUCAUGGCAGUGCCGAAUUUGCCGACGCCACCGGUGUCCCCCAAACCCAAGAAGAAGACAUCCAAUUCGAAUCAAGAGGAUUUGACUAUUAAUAUUAAUUAUUAUAAGAAGAAUGGUGAUAAAAAACCGCCGUUUUCGUACGCGACGUUGAUUUGCAUGGCGAUGGGCAAGAAUGGGAAUAAGAUGACACUGUCGGCGAUUUAUCACUGGAUUAGGGAGAAUUUUUUGUAUUAUAGGAAAGCUCAUCCGAGCUGGCAGAACUCUAUCCGCCACAACCUCUCUCUGAACAAGUGCUUUGUCAAAGUGGCGCGUUCCAAGGAUGAGCCAGGCAAAGGCGGCUUCUGGAAACUCGAUCUGGAACGCCUUGAAGAAUCCCGCCGUUCAAAACGCCGAUCUAGCCUCACCGUCCGCGUCCCCAGAAACCGGGACACCCCCCAUAAACCCGUCCGCAAGGCCCGUCGGUAUCGUCCACCCCAAAGCACCGGCGAACGCAAACAUAACAUCCUGUCAAACAUCUCGAUUUGCGGCGAGACCGAUAUUGAAAACUGCGACGAGGACGACGAAAAAGACAAAGAAGUUAAAAAUGACGAAAUCAUGCCGGUACCCAAUCAAAAUGUUAUAACCGAACCGGUCAAUCAGUUACUACCCGAGGAUGAGUUAACCGGACUGCUACUAGCGACGAAUGGUUGGGAUGAAUGCCAAUUGGAGAUGCUAGAUUCGUUGCUGGAUUCUUUGUAAAUUGUCAUUGUCAUUUGUACACAGAGUGGUUUGUGCCUUCUUGUGUAGCACAGUGUGUUAAUUUUUGUACAGUUGCUCUCGAAACUCUUCCGUCCAAUAUCUGAGAUAGUUUUAGAGGAUAAAAUAUUUUACUAAAUAUAUUGUUAAGAGUGAAGUGAAACCGUCCAGUCGGUCGCACUAGUGGGUCUCCAGUUCGAACAAACGAAUUACAGAGACCUGUUUUGCGACCGGCAUUUGUUUGUAUUAUACACGCCUAUUAUUUAUUUAUUUUUGUUUGAUCCUAGAAUCAAAUAUCAGGAUCUAGUCUUAGUUGAGAUCUCUACUUUACCAAAAGGGUAUUUUUUGUAUUUUGACAAACUAAUUAGGUCAUAGAUUUUGAACAAACUGUAAAAACUGUAUUCUAGUCUUUUGCAAUAUUUGUAAUUUUACACAGUUUGCUCAAAUGCAGCAAUAUGAUUGUAUUCUACCAUUCAAAUAGAAGUGAACUGUAUGGUGUAGUUUUAAAUAAAACCACCAAUUAUUACAAAAUA